AUGAAUAGCCAUUGUAUUUUUUCACUCUUACUUUUCUUUUUCCCUAUCCAUUUCAAUUUAUUCGUCUUCUCUUUCUCGCGUCUUUUUAUGCUCUCCUUCGUACCACUCACACCUGUCUUUUUACGCUUUCUUUCUACUUUUUCUCGUCUUUCUAAACUUUCUUUUUCCAUCAUUUACGCUUUUUUCACGUUUUCUUUCUCCUCUCUACAUUCUCCUUCUCUCCUUUUCUCCUGCGUUUUUUCUUUUUUUCCUUUCUCUCAUCUUUUUACGCUUUCUUUCUCUCCUCCCACUUUGCCUUCCUCUUUACGUUUUCUUCCUCCAAAGUUUUUCACACUUUCUUUCUUCUAUCUUACUACAUUUUCCUUCUGCUUUUUUUCUCAUCUUUUUACGCUUUCUUUCUCUCCCUUUACCCUGUCUUUUUACUCUUUGUUUCUUCCUUUUCUCCCGUAUUUUUAUGCUUUCCUUCCAACCCUUCCCCCCUCCCUUUAA